GGCUGAUUGUAGUUGUAACUUUGUUGCUGGAGAGACUGCAAGUUACAGAAACACUUACCAAGUCUCGGCUUCAGGGAGAGGCUGACUUGUAGCUGAUUGCUGAAGAACAAGGAUCUAUCUGACUUUUUAUCUAAAACAAAAACCCCCCAAAAACAAAUAUUGGGAGUUUUGGGGAUCUGGGACCAGCAGCAAGAUUCAAGGUAACUGCUCCCCUCCAGGUUUAGAUGGUGAGAGGUUCUGGACUCAGCUUGCUGUGGAUAUGAAGGGGUGGGAGUCUCUGUGAAGGGGGCUGUGUAAGAGCUGAUGGACAUUUAGGGGACACUGGUCUGAACAAGGGUCUUUGUGUCUAUAAACUGGGGGCUAUAGGGACCUGUGAGAUGGGAUUUGGCUAUAGAUAACCAAGAAAAGGCUAACUCUGAUUAUAUCCCUAGGGAACCAGUCAGGGCUCAUAGAGAGGACAUUGUGUACAGCGCUACGGAGUUUGUUGGCGCUUUAUAUGUAAUUAUAAUAUAGAGGAAACUAUUUACCACGUCUAUAUAGAUAUAUUGUUUAAUUUAUUGUGUAUAUAGCUUGUUUGUAGAACUAUCAGUCUCUGUAUAUCUAGUCAGGGGGACCAGACUGAGUCUUUGUUGGUGCUUAGAGUAAUAGGUGGUAGGAUCCUUUUUUUCAAAAAUCACAUCUCCAGGAAUAUAUUUUGGGGGGAGGAUUUUUGGCCGUGUCUUUGUUUAGUGUUCUGUGGGGGUCUCCCAAAAUGGAGUUGAGUGGGACCCCAUCUGCCUCCCAGGUCCCCCAAACUCCGUCUGCCACUUCCAUCCCGGUCACUGUGGCGGGGACCCUUCUGAGAGGUCCCCAGCUGCUCCUGAGGGCGGCAGAGAAGUACCCCCGCACCCCGAAGUGCGCCCGAUGCAGGAAUCACGGGGUGGUGUCAGCUCUGAAGGGCCACAAGCGUUACUGCCGCUGGAAGGACUGUAUGUGCGCUAAGUGCACGCUGAUCGCGGAGCGCCAGAGGGUGAUGGCCGCGCAGGUCGCGCUCCGCAGGCAGCAGGCGCAGGAGGAAAACGAGGCUCGCGAGCUGCAGCUCCUCUAUGGAACCGCGGAGGGACUGGCUCUGGCCGCAGCCAAUGGCAUCAUCCCACCCAGGCCGGCUUAUGAGGUCUUUGGCUCUGUGUGCACAGAAGGAGGUGCAGAAUCCAAGAUCCAGAAGUUUGACAUCUUCCCAAAGAAUUUUGUUCCCAGAUCUGGAACCCCCCAGCAGCUGCCCUCAGGUACAAAGCCAGUGACUCCAGACAGUGAGUCCGUGAGUGGCAGUGCUCCUGGUGCCUCCUCCCCAGAGGUGAGGCCAGGUUCUGGUUCUGAAAAUGGAGAUGGAGAGUCUUUCCUCAGCUCCCCCAUGGCCAAGGCUCUGAAAGAAGGAGAGGAGAGCCCUAGCUCCAUCAGCCCCUUGGGCUCUGAGUCAGGUUCUGAUGCAGAAAAGGAUGAGCAAGACCCCAGCUCGUCAUCUUCAUCCAGACAAAGGACCCCCAUAGACAUUCUCACCAGAGUCUUUCCCACUCAGAAGAGGAGUGUUCUGGAGCUGGUCCUUCAGGGCUGUGGUGGAGAUGUGGUCCAAGCCAUUGAGCAGAUUCUAAACAACAGGGGGCAGGAUAAGAGUGAUGAAACAUGGUCAAGAGAUGGUACCCUCCAGAGUAUUCAGCCAUCAAUGUCCACCACCCACAGACCUCUCAUUGCUGGGGCUAUCACUCCAGCCAUAGGGACUAUUGGGAGCAGAUCUGCCUUUUCACCCUUACAACCUAAUGCCACCAAUUUUGGCACCGAUACCAACGCUUACCAUUUAGGUGGGCACCUUGGACUAAACCCACUGAGGCUAGCUUAUUCUGCUCACAGCAGAGGCCUUGCUUUCAUGACUCCAUAUUCUACAGCUGGGUUCAUGCCUACCCUUGGCUUUCGCCCACCCAUGGACUAUGCAUUCAGUGACCUCAUGAGGGACAGGGCGAAUGUUCACAAAUCAGAUCAGGUAUACUCAAAUGGACUUUAUGGACCUGUGGUCAACAAUAGUACUGAAAAGCCCUGAACCCCAUAUUUGAUACAGUAACACAACUGUAUGGACUUUAAACUGAUGGUUUUGGUGUCUUCUAAUUUGACUAUGGGGGCCACCUAAAAAGAGCCAAUCUGGAUUUUAAAAAUGUGUUUGAGAAUUGAACUGGUUCUGAUCCAGCAAGAUAAAGCGAAUUGUAAUCUGCAUUUUUUUUUUUUUUUUUUUAAUUCCACAAGUGUAUUUGUUGGUGGACACAGUCACUUAUUUAAGGAUUUCUUUAGGCUGCAAUGAAUGAUGUACAAACAUAGCAGACACAAAGAAACAAAACAAACAAACAAACAAACAAACAAACAAGCAAGAGGCAGAUGAUAAGAUGCACUUUUUUGUUAAGGUAUUUGUGACUCUAUUUGCCGAUGGACUCAAGCAUGAAAAUUAAACUGCAUUGUAUCACUUCCUGUAAUUAGAAAUAUAUAGAGAAAUAUAUGGGGACAGGCAGCUCUUUGAGAUGGGAGUCUAACUUAUUCUGAACCUUGUGAGUGGAACGUUAACCACAAAAGAGGAGUCUGUGUAUGUGCAGUUACAAUCAGAUCUAUGGACCCAUGAAGAGGCAGAUGUACAGCUGUGUAGAAUUGGUGUGAGAAGUGGGUAUCACAGCUCACACUUUGUUUCUUGUGCUGUUUUAAUUGUUUAGAAAUUGUUAACACAAUUGUGUGAUCAUGCCAUAAACCUUUAGAAAUAAAUGUUAUUUUCUAA